AAGCUGUUUUUACCUUUUUAGAAUUUCAACAUCUAUAAGCGGAUCUUUGUGGAAAUGGUGAAUGCAGAGGGAAUGAAUUGUGCCGAAGUCUACCAUACAUGGGCAAAGCUGAGGGACAUGCUGUAUGACCUGUGUGACAAUAUGGUGAAGGGCAGCGAGGUGAAUUCUCCGGCACACCACGAGUUUGAGCAGAUGAUGCUGAUUGCUCAUUAUUACUCCACGCGUUCUGCAGCGCAGGGUGUCCAGCAACUGGACGUCAUGGCGGUGAAGCUCUGCGUCGCCCUCCUGCGUCACACAGAUCUGCUGCCUGCGGACAAGGCUUUCUAUGAGGCUGGAAUGGCCGCUAAGGUAAUAGGCUGGGAAAACUCAGCGUUCAUCUUCCUGAACAGGUUUCUGGACCUCGUAGAUGCCAUUGAAGAGGGAAGUCUAGAUGCCCUGGAUCACACAGAUUUUCAAUACACAGACAUUCCCUUUGAGGUUCCACUCCCUGCCAAGCAGCAUGUCCCAGUGAGUAACAUGUGCCUCAUCCUCCUCACUGCUAAUCACCUCCUCUCUGUGACUCUCGCCCUCUUCUCUCUGUUACUCACCUCCUCUCUCUGUGACUCUCGUCCUCCUCUCUCUGUGACUCUCGUCCUCCUCUCUCUGUGA